GCUUCUUAUUAGCUGUAUGAUAUGUAACUACAAUAGAUAGAAGAUGGAGACAGAGCUUUAGAACAAAGCAAUAACCCUCCCGUUCUCUGUAAGUCUUUGUGUUGUCCUUAUACAGCUAUGAGUCUGGCAAUGACAUUGCAGACCCGUUCAUCAGGCCUGUGCUCCCUUAAGUAAUACCCAACACUGCUGACCUAGCCAGUUUCCAAAUGGAUCUUAAUCUAGGUACAUUAUUUACUCCUUGAGUGGGAUUAGUUCUUGAAAUCUUGGACAUUAAGAGCUGGAAACAUCUCCAAAUCGACUACAAAUUGUGCUCGGUUCUCACCUGGAAGCUAGUGGUUUGCUCCCACACACAAGAAGGAUAAAUAGGAACUGUCUGCCUGGAAAAUACCUUUUGUUCAGUGUUAGGAGUUCUCAUCUUAUUCCUUGUGUAAUGUUUUCUUCUGGCAAUUGCUGUGACAUUUGAGACAUUGGAAGUGCCUGAAGGUCUUUUGUUGCAAGGAGGCUUCACUUUUGUACAGUCACACACCCACGUGUGGAAAUGAGCUGCCCUGCAAAGAACUCUGGCCGGAGGCAGGUUAUUUUCAGGAAGACUUCACGUGACAAGUCGCUGACUGUCUAUCUGGGGAAACGAGACUUCAUUGACAAAGUAGAGAGCGUGGAACCUGUCAUUGGUGUUGUUUAUGUGGAUCCUGAGCUUGUCAAGAAGAAGACAGUGUAUGUGACUCUGACCUGUGCAUUCCGUUAUGGCCAAGAAGACAUUGAUGUGAUUGGCCUGGCCUUCCGAAGGGAUCUGUAUUACUAUAGACUGCAGUUGUACCCACCAGCAUACAAGCCAGACUCUCUCACCCCACUACAGGAACGUUUGUUGAAGAAGCUGGGGCGCAAUGCUUACCCCUUCAUUUUUACAUUUCCAGACAAUCUGCCCUGCUCAGUCUGCUUGCAGCCAUCCCCUCGUGAUGCCAGUAAGUCCUGUGGAGUGGACUUUGAGAUUAAAGCUUUCCAUGCAGAGAAUUUGGAAGACAGAAUUCGCAAAAGGCACUCUGUGCGCCUGUUGAUUCGUAAGAUGCAGUUUGCUGUGGAAGAACCAGGACCUCAACCUCGAGUUGAGACCACUUGGCAGUUUUUCAUGUCAAGUAAACCAUUGCACUUGACAGCGUCCCUCAGCAAAGAGCUCUACUACCAUGGUGAACCCAUUCCUGUCACAGUCACUGUGACCAAUAACACCGAGAAGACAGUGAAGAAGAUCAAAGUGAUGGUGGAACAAGUUGCCAAUGUGGUUUUAUAUUCAAGUGACUAUUACUCAAAGGUGGUAGCAACAGAGGAAGCACCGGACAAGGUGCCACCGAAUGGUAGCCUCACCACAACACUGAAACUUGUGCCCUUGCUGGCAAAUAAUCGUGAGGUACGGGAGAUAGCACUGGAUGGAAAGCUGAAGGAUGAAGAUACUAACUUGGCUUCUAGUACCCUAAUUAAAGAAGGGAUAGACAAGACUGUAUUUGGGAUUCUGGUUGCCUACAGGGUCAAGGUGAAGCUCAUCGUCUCGGGUGAAGUGUGCACAGAGCUGCCAUUCCGUCUCAUGAACCCCAAACCUGAGGAGAAUGCAGUGACCAGGAUGCAGAACUGGUAUUUGAGGAGUUUGCUGAUCAACAGGUGGAUGAUGCAGCUGAGGAUGGAGCUGAAGAUGAAGAAAAGGCAAAUGAGUGACUGGAAGAACCAGCCACCAGAGGAGCUAUGGGGUCUGGCAUUAGUUAUGAAUGCACUAGGCCGUAGCUUUUUAGAUAUAUUAAACUGUCAGUUCUUGACACUGUAAUGCAACAUCCGUGGAUAGCUUGUUAGCAAUAGGACUCCAACUUGGGAUCUGUAGAUCUAAAACUGUGAGCCUCUAUUGCCAGAGUGGUAGCUCCAUUAGCUAAAAGAUAUAGCAGACUCAAACCUUUUUGUGGUACAGCUAGCAGAGAAGUAGCAAGAGACAUUACUCUCACAUGUUCGUAAUGGUACCAAAUAAAUUCAGUGGGUGCUGUCACAAAAUAUUAAAACCUUGAUUAACGGUGUGUCUGCUGUGAGAACUUUCUCCCAGCCUCACUUUGGAUCAAAGAGCCACUGAUUCUGAGUCCUCAAUUCACUGGUAAGACUCUAUGCUGCCCACUGUAGGCAUGGGAAGAUUUAAUUAUACAGCUUGUGAUCUGUGGCUUGGUUCAACUGACAGCAAAAGGAUCUUUGGCACAAUGUGGAAACAAAGCUGUUGUAUGGAAUUCCAUUUCCUCAUCAGUGCAUAGUAUUCUGCACCAAAAAACUUGCUGAGACAAGGCGGCAAGCCAAUCCUUCUCCAAGUAACCUGCGCAGGCUUUUAUAAUGUUAAUUGUGCCCUCUUUCUGGGUUUGGGUUCUAUGGAAAUGGUCCCCCUAUGUCUUGUCAUUGUUUCUUGAGCAGCUUUAAUUCAUCUCUCUUAUUAAUUCCACGAAGUUCCCAGCUGCAUUUUAUCAUAGUAGGUCCAAAGUCUUUCCUAAGCAGUUUCUGUAGGGUUUCAGGUCUAACAUGAUGGGUUAAAUGAGGAUCCAGCCAUGCCACUCCAUUGCUCACAGCAUCCAAGAGGACUAUCUAUCUCAUGAAGUGAUUUUGGUUUCUGUGCUUCAGCUAAGAUGCCAAAAAAAAAGGCAAAUGUCAGACCAGGUCAAAUGGCCCAUGGAGCUAGCAUAAUGAAGGCAUGCCAGUUUCUGCAGCCAACCCAAGCCUACUAGCCCAUUUGGCUAGUACAGUUAAAGCAUACCAAUUUCUGUAACAUUACUUCCAGCGUCUUUGACUCCCCACUCUGUAUGGUACCCAUUUAUAGCUGAGUCCAGCUGUGGGCAUUCUUCAGUACAAGUCCAGGAUGAGAUUUGAAUUCACACCUUUGGAGGUAAGACAAGACUAUUUAACUGUUCUGCUGCCACUUUCUGGUUGAUUAGUGAUAUAAGCCAAUAAAAAAGUGUUAUGUAAGCCACAUUAGUACACUCCUGUAAUACUACAUUACAACACAAAACAACACUUGAUUUUUAUUGCAGCUGUACUUUUCAUAUUAAAGUUGAGUUGAAUGGAGAUGUGUUCAAUUUA